AUGUCCACACUCCACACUUCGACGUCGUUGAUGGCAGUCUCGAAACACGAACACCAAACCACCAACAACUGCGCGCCUUGCCAAGGAUCACACCUUGAAUCUCCGACCACCGGGUUUGAUGCCGUUAGCUCCUGCAACAGACCCAGCAGGUGGUUGUAUUUCGCCGACCAAGACCGGCACUGGUUCCCCAUCUUGAACCUCGCCAUUGGAAUAUUCACAGCUUUGGAUGCGUUUAUGCGGGUGGCUGGCACCGUCUGA